AUGGACCCCCACAAAGUGAGCGAACUUCGGGCUUUCAUGAAAGUGUGUAAGCAGGAUCCGAGCAUUCUGCACACCGAGGAAAUGUGUUUCCUGUGGGAGUGGGUGGAGAGCAUGGGGGGUAAAAUACCACCUGCCACUCAUAAAACUAAAUCAGAAGACGGUAUCAAGGAAGAAAAACCAGAUAGUAAGAAGGUGGAGGAAAACAUAAAGACAGAUGAACCAUCAAGUGAGGAGCGUGAUCUAGAAAUUGACCAUGAAGGUGUGAUUGAACCAGAUACUGAUGCGCCUCAAGAAAUGGGAGAUGAAAAUGUAGAGAUAACCAAGGAAAUGAUGGAUCAGGCAAAUGAUAAAAAAGUGGCUGCCACUGAUGCCCUAAAUAAUGGUGAACUACAGAAAGCCAUUGACUUGUUCACAGAUGCCAUCAAACUAAAUCCUCGCUUGGCCAUUCUGUAUGCCAAGAGAGCCAGUGUCUUCAUCAAAUUACAGAAGCCAAAUGCUGCCAUUCAAGACUGUGACAGAGCUACUGAAAUAAAUCCUGAUUCAGCUCAGCCUUGUAAGUGGCGCAGGAAAGCACAUAGACCUCUGGGCCAUUGGGAAGAAGCAGCACGUGAUCUUGCCCUUGCUCGUAAACUGGAUUAUGAUGGAGAUGCUAGUGCAAUGCUGAGAGAAGUUCAACCAAGGGUCCAGAAAAUUGCUGAACAUCGGAGAAAAUAUGAGCGAAAACGUGAAGAGCGAGAGAUCAAAGAAAGAAUAGAAAGGGUUAAGAAGGCUCAGGAAGCACAUGAGAGAGCCCAGAGGGAAGAAGAAGCCAGACAACAAUCAGGAGCUCAGUAUGGCUCUUUCCCAGGUGGUUUUCCUGGGGGAAUGCCUGGUAAUUUUCCUGGAGGAAUGCCUGGAAUGGCAGGGGGGAUGCCUGGAAUGGCAGGAAUGCCUGGGCUCAAUGAAAUUCUUAGUGAUUCGGAAGUUCUUGCAGCUAUGCAGGAUCCGGAAGUUAUGGUGGCCUCCCAGGAUGUGGCCCAGAACCCAGCGAAUAUGUCAAAAUAUCAGAGCAACCCAAAGGUUUUGAAUCUCAUCAGUAAAUUGUCAGCCAAAUUUGGAGGUCAAGCAUAAUGCCCUUCU